CUGCUUUCCUGCAUCGCAUGAUGACCCAGUGGACAUUUACACCCGCCGGUCCCGGAGCGACACGCAACACGGCCUCGUGGCUCAUCGGACACCCAGAGGAUCUGGAAAAUGCCUACCAAAUCGACGUCUCGUGGCCGCUGACCUGGUCGGACCGAGCCCGAGAAAACUCUGGCGCAAACGUCCUGUACCUCGUCGACGGUAACGCCCUCUUUCUAACAGCGACCGAGACCCUCCGUCGACGACAAUCCCACCGACCACACGAGACCGGGACGGUGGUUACUGCAAUUGGAUACCCGCUAACAACCUCAGUCUUCAGCCCACGCCGCAGUUACGACCUCACGCCUCCCUGUGAAACCUACACACCACCCGAUGGACCUGACGGAAGACCCAAAAUCGAAGAGCACGGGGGCGCAGAUAUAUUCCUCUCGUUCAUAACAGAGGUCGUGCGGCCCUUUAUUUCCAUGACAGUCUUCCCGCAUGUGUCCUUUGCGCGCACGGCGCUCUUCGGGCAUUCGUAUGGCGGUCUCUUUGUCCUGCAUGCACUAUUCAGGCGGUCCGCGUCGUUUGACGUGUAUCUCGCAGCGAGCCCGUCGAUCUGGUGGAAUAACGGGCUCGUCCUCGGCGAGGCUGCGAGAUUCUGCGCCGACAGCGAUCCACCCUCCACUGCCGGCCCUGGGACAGCAGCCAACUCAUCCCCAAUCCUCCGCCUAUCCUUCGGAUCCCUCGAGGAAUCCCCCGUGCGGCAACCAGGCGAAUCAGACGAGCGAUUCGAGUUGCGAAGACGGGGGGCUGCACGGCGGCGGAUGAAGGGGAACUGUACCCAGCUUUACUCGCGGCUUUUGCAGAGUGGGCGCUUGCGAAAGGUUGAGAUGCGGGAGUACCCAGAUGAGGAUCACGGCAGUGUCAUUGCGCCGGCGCUUAGUGGGGGUGUUGGGUUUUUCAGUGGGAUUCGUGGUUAUGGGGACUCGUGACUUUGAUAGAAGAGCUCAGUGAGUCUAGAGGUCUGGCAAAGAAGGAGAACAAGGCGCAUCAAAAGCACUCGAGCUGGGGCCGGUGAUAAUCACGGCUCUUCACGGUCUGAACCGUGAAGAGCAGCGGCAUCAUCCAGUCGAUGGUUUGAAGAUGGGCUCACAUCUGAAUGACAGUUAGCUAGCCUCAACAGGAUAUCUGCUAUCACCACAAUUUGACCAUUUCGAGUUUUAACCGUGAAU